AUGUUUGUGAAUAUCCUUAUUUACGGGUCAUUGUUCUCGGGUCUGCUUGUUGAUGCGGCGCCUCAUGCGCCUCUUCGACGAGCAGAUAAUGGAAUUGCAACGACCCCACCAAUGGGCUGGAAUACAUACAAUCAUUACUCUUGCUUCCCAAACGAGAGUAUCGUCCACUCCAAUGCUCAAGCUCUUGUAGAUCUUGGGUUGGCCGACUUAGGAUACAAAUAUGUCACCACUGAUUGCGGGUGGACAGUCGCCGACCGACUGGCUAAUGGAUCUUUGACUUGGAACGCAACCUUAUUCCCUAGUGGAUUCAUAGCUCUUGGUGAUUAUCUGCAUGGGCUAGGGCUGUUGUUCGGGGUUUAUGAGGAUGCGGGGAUCCAGACUUGCAGCGAGGGACAGAUCCAGGCUGGCAGUCUAUACCAUGAGCCCCAAGACGCAGCCCUUUUCAUGUCAUGGAACAUCGAUUCUCUGAAAUAUGACAACUGCUACUCCGACGAAGCGACCGGCUAUCCAAACGUCGACUACACCCCUAGUACAUCCCCGUCUCUCCGCUACGCGAACAUGACCAAAGCGCUCAACGCCCAAUCCCGCUCGGUGCUCUUCCAAAUCUGCGAAUGGGGCGUCGACUUCCCAGCUCUUUGGGCCCCGGCUCUAGGAAACACCUGGCGGAUCGGCAACGAUAUCAUCCCCGACUGGCGAACAAUCUUCCGCAUCCUCAACCAAGCAGUGCCCAACCAGCCCUAUGCCGGACCAGGCGCAUGGCCUGAUCUGGAUAUGCUCGAGGUGGGCAAUAAUGUUUUUACCACUGCGGAGGAACAGACGCAUUUCUCGCUGUGGGCUAUUAUCAAGAGUCCGCUUGUGAUUGGCGGUGCUUUGAAGGAUGAGUACACGAGUAUUGCGCAGAGCUCACUGGAUAUCUUGUUGAAUGAGGAUGUCGUUGGGUUUAAUCAGGAUUCGCUAGGCGUUGGUGCUCAGCUGAGGAGGAGAUGGAGUGAUGAAGGUUACGAGGUUUGGAGCGGCCUGCUUUCGGGUGAUAGAGUUGUUGCUGCGGUUAUUAACUGGGAGGACGAGGAGAGAACUUUGACUUUGGAUCUGCCCGAUGUUGGAGUGCAGUAUGCUGGGACUUUGAAGAAUAUUUGGGGCGCGAGCUCCGUUGAGGGAGUGAAGACGUCGUACUCGGCAUCCGUUGCUGCUCAUGGCGUCUUGCUAGUCGAGCUUGGGGAUACCACUUCAGCUGGAACAUAUUCUAGUAGUCUUUUUGCAACUUCAUCUGGAACAACGACCACAUUCAACUCAGUCUACGCGAACACAACUAGUUCAAGCCACACAGUGUCGAUCGAGUUCUCCACUGCUCCCUCAAAGGCAACAACCAUUCAGCUAAGCACCUCAACCAACACAACAUCCCAGACAAUUUCAGUCCCAGCCUCAAGCAAAACCAUCACAGCAAAACUUUCCUUAACCGCCGGCUCAACAAACACCAUAACUGUCAAAUCCGCAACCGCAAUCGAGGCGAUAACCAUCCAAGCACCAACAGGAACAUAUUACGCAGGCGAGACAGACUUCACUCUCGCCGGAUCCGCCGUCAUCGAAGACUGCGGAACCUCCGGCUGCGCUCCAAUAGGCUAUAAAAUCGGCUACAUAAGCUCAACCGGCACAGCAACAGCCACUAUCCCAGCAACGGUCUCCAGUGCCAACGGUACGGAGGCGAAAUAUAUUGAGAUAGAUUAUAUCAACAAUGACGUUGCGUUCUCGACGACCUGGGAGUGGGGCUCGAAUUCGCGGAAUAUUACUAUUGCUGUUAAUGGGGGUAACCCGGUCAGACUUGAGGUCCCGCUUUCGGGUCACCAGAGCGAGCUUUUUAGUGCUGGGCUGGGGUGGUAUGAUUCGGCCACUUUGGGACUUUUGGUCGAUGGGUGGAAGAAUGGGGAUAACACUGUCGUUGUGGCUAAUGCUGCUGAUACCGAUGUUUCUGCGACUUGGGGUGCUGACUUUGUGGGAUUUAGGUUCUUUGAUUAG